CUGGAACGCUCUAGCCAGGUCUACAUAGAUCUGCUUUGAUUGAAAUCUUGCAAGAGGCAAAAAUUUUAAGCCCCUGAUGUUUGAUCAGACAUAGGUUUCGACUUCUAUAAAUAAUCACUAUGCUGAGGGCAUCGCCCCUGCAUUCUACAGUCUUGUUCUGACCAGAAGGCGGUGAAUUUUGUUGUCAUGGCCGCUGCCACAGACAUGGCUAUAAAUCUCCCAACAGGUUCUACAUCCAAUCCAACACAACAAUGAACGCAUCUACUAUCGCUAUAACCUCUACAUUAAGUAUCUGGACAACCGUGCGUUCGGUUGGCGCGCUGAAUGUCGCUGGUUCAUUUACUGCACUAUGGGCUUUUGUCAAAGUCCUAAGGGCGCUUCGCUGGCGAUUGAAGACGACUCAAUUGCGGGGCCCACCUCGUACCAGCUUCGUAUAUGGAGUUUCGCAUGACCUCGAGUCAUCUCAUGAUAGCAGUGCAAUGUAUGAACAGUGGGCGACGCGAUAUGGGGUAGCGUAUAUGAUUCCGAGCGUCCUCGGACAAACGACAAUUGUGCUAUGUGACCCAAAAGCUAUAGCACAUUUUUAUGCCCGGGAGACAUGGACCUAUGCACACACACCCAUUAUGUUGACAUUUUUAGAGGUAUCAAUCGGCAGAGGGCUCAUGUGGUCUCAUGGCGAAAACCACAGGAGACAGAGGAAGGCCCUUACGCCAGCUUUCACUAAUGCAGCUAUACGGAAACUCACGUCAGUGUUUUAUGACUCAGCAUACAAGGCUAAAGGUGCAUGGGACACUGCCAUAGAAUCGAGCAAAGACGGGAAUGCCGCUGUCAUUGAAGUUCAAAACUGGAUGAAUCAUAUAUCUCUGGAUACUGUCGGCAUUGCUGGUUUCUCCCAUGAUUUUGGCUCGCUUGAUGGACAGCGCGCCAGCGUGACCGAGGUGUUUGAUACCUUCGGAAACGACUCACAGGCCUCAGGAGUGAACCACGCUUUUAUACUGCUCGCGUCUGUGUUUCCUGCCAUUAUCAAGAUCCCCAAUAAGCGGACGCAGCUGUUCAAAAAACUUAGUGCAACCAUGGGAGAAAUAUCGAACGACUUGUUGAUUCGCAGUCGUAGGGAAAAGGAUGCGAAUAUGAUCGAGAUGGACGAGGAAAAGUCCAUCAUCGGAUUGUUGCUCAAAUCUGAAGGCCAGGAUGCCGAGCUUCAUAUGUCCGAGGAGGAAGUAGUGGCUCAGGUCUGUGGAGAUUAUGAUAGCCAUGAUUUGCAAGCUGACAUCCUGCAGAUGAAGGUCUUGCUUGUUGCGGGUUAUGAGACGACAUCCGUUGGUCUUACGUGGGCACUGAUCGAGCUAUCGCAACACCCCGAUGCCCAAACCAGACUCAGAGAAGAACUACUUGCGUUUGGUGCUGAUCCGACAUAUGACCAAUUAAAGGCCAAUCUCCCAUAUUUAGAUGCGGUUGUUCACGAGGUUCUACGAAUUCAUCCUCCGAUACCUGAGUUCACUCGUCUUGCAGUCGCAGAUGACGUUAUUCCCUUGAGCGAACCUGUGUGCAAUGCUUCUGGGGAAAUGACGGACAAUAUCUAUGUAGCGAAGGGGACAUUGGUUACGGUACCAGCCGCGACAAUCAACCGCUCUUUGGCCAUCUGGGGACCUGACGCAAAAGAAUUCAAGCCUGAACGUUGGCUGGCUGAAGGGGGCAUCAGUGGGAAGGCCAAGGAAGUCCAAGGUCAUAGGCAUUUGCUGACAUUCGUCGACGGCCCGAGGACGUGUCUUGGAAAAGAUUUUGCGAUUGCAGAAUUCAAGGCGGUUCUAUUGGUUCUUGUGAAGAACUUCGUGUUUGAGAUGCGGGAUGGACCGGAUACUCAGCUUGAGGUUGCGAGGGGGAUUUUGCCACGUCCACGGGUUGUUGGAGAAGAUGGUAUUGGAGUACCUUUGAAAGUUCGUCGGUAUGAAUGAUCGGUUGCGCUGCACUAGCAGGUUCAGAUAUUCC